GCCACGUUCACAUAAAGUGAUGCUACUCUUGGGUUCGUCAAUUCAAACCUUCCAACAUUGUAUCGCCGCAGUUUAUCAACCCUAACCCUAACACUACCCUACGCUGGCUUUGGCCCCUUUCAACGGCCUCUUCUCUCCUCUGGACCAGUCUACCUCGUUAACAUGACGCCAUCACCACAUGCUCAACCAAACACGACCGUCUCAGAACCUGUAAAGAAAGAGACACUCAAUUGAUUCAUGUUGCCCACAACCUUCCACGCAUUUAGCAGUCUCCCUCGCGAGAUCCGGCUCGCCAUCUGGAAGCUCACCGUCCAGUAUGAACCCGAGGUCUGCCUGUGCUGGCCGAUGAACACCAGCCUAGGCUAUCAUACAGACGAAUUUCGCAAUGGCUACCCGCAGCUUCCACUGACUGUAGACACUGCAUUUCCCAUGGCUAUGCAUAUCUGCCAGGAAUCACGCGCCGUGGUGCAGCAUGGAGACAGUGGUAUUCGCUUUCGAGCCUCAGAGGCUGCAGGCUGCCCCGUGCCAUUCAGACUGUAUAUACCAGACUAUGACACGAUCUACAUUAGUUACGAGUCGGCACCACUACUCAAGCUCCAUCACAAACAUGAAGAUAACCCUUCAAUACGGCCUCAGUCAGACGCGGACCAACAGCUGCAGGACGCCUGGUGUGACAUCAUAAAGAAAGCAAAGUUCAUUGCUUUUGAAGGACGAUUCUUCUUUUUUUAUUAUGUCGCAUUUAAUAGGCUGCUGCGGGCAUCUCGCGUGCCUGGGCCGGAUGGUCGCGACGUCCACUCCGGCCAGAAGCAGCUGUCUUUUGUUGUGGCCAGCUCAACGUACGAUGAACACGGUGUAGAAUUCUAUGACCGAUUCAAGCCGCCUGGAAGACGAUGCAAGCUUGUGGAUCUCUCCGAUGAGGCGCUGAAAAAGGUAUACGUCUACACAGACUCGGCAUUUGAGAAUGACGACAACGACCCGGUGCUGCUGCCCGGAGCCAUCGACAAGACGCGCAAAGAAAUACUGUAUUGGGACGAAAGCGACGGAUAUACCCCUGAUGACAGCCAUUUGAAAAUUAUUCCGCAGAUAUUUGUUGAAUAUCAGCCUGAUGGGACGUGGAAAGAGGUCUGUCAGGAUCGGAUAUACGAUUUUGGGUCAGGCAGCCUUACUCAAGUGUCUUCGGCGCCGGUGUUAUUUGAAGAUAGACCAGACCCUGAGCUUGUUAGAGUCUUGGAUGCUGAUAUACCGUUUAAACCGUGGUGUAUAGAAGAUGCCCCCGACUGGGUUGACAGGGCGUGGCCAUGAGAGACCAUUGGCUGAGGCUCUACGCACGUCACCGUAUGAAGCAUGCUCAAGGGUGGAUUUAAACACAUGAUACAAGGAUAAAAAGAAAUGAUAGCAGCCUCACCCGGCGAACAAUAAAAAAGAAGAACAGGUGAGGGUGACGACUCGGGGAAUCGAACGACAAAAGUAGAGGCAGCCGGAGCUGCAGUUUAUACAUAGCCAGGGAGGGUCUCCUAUCUGCUAUCGCAAAAGCUGUUUGUAGCUACUCUACUGGUAAAGACUUGAGUUAUUAUUCCUUAUAAUGGGUAGAAGUCCUAGGAAUGGAAGAUGUGAUUCGCUGUCCUGUGUUGCUCACGGCGCUAGGCAGCCUCAAGGCCCGAUGGUGAGGCUGAGGCCGGGAUGUGUCUACACGUUGGUCUCAAAAGGAUGACACUGAAUAGCAACAGUCAAACGAAUAUACAUAACAUUAAGCAAUACUAGCAGUAUCAAGUAUUUUCUCCAUUGUAUUUGGCUUAUACAUAACAAAAAGAGACGCACGCAGAAGCCGGUGCACUGUCGUUGAGCAGAUAGCCAACAUGUCGCGCAUAGAAAUAGCUGGAUGACGUAGAUAUUUCAUAGCUAUUCAUGCCAAUACGAACACUGUAGAUAUUACAGUGUAACGGAGUAUUGAGAUGAAGUUAUUAACGUAUCACUUGAGGAGCAGCAAAAAAAAAGGACGAGGAGCGACGACUCGGGGGAUCGAAUGGCAAAAGCAGAGGCAGCCGAAACUGCGAGUUACACCCAAAGUAAACAGAUAAACUUAGCUACUCUGCUGAAAAAUGCACGAUUUAUUAUGCAUUAAAACCUGUUCG